CUUUUGACUGCAGUGAUGUUGUUGUGGCGUGACGUCACAGCCGUGAAACGAAGGCGCAGAGAGCGGGCGGCCAUGACUCCAGUCUCCACAAUUAUUUAAUCCCAAAUAAAUUACCCACGGAAAACUUCCAUGGCAAGAGCCACGAGUCAGAUCUAUGAUGUUGCAUCCCUCCACUCCUCUGUUCUCAUCUCCUGUCCAUCCAUGGUAAGAGGCCAGCAGGACACGCCCCGUCUCCACGGCAACAGCAUGGAGGGACAGGCACCACCCCCCCAGCCCACCCAGCCUCGCAAGAAGAGACCCGAGGAUUUCCGCUUCGGCAAAAUAUUGGGAGAAGGCUCUUUCUCAACCGUUGUCUUAGCAAAGGAGCACUCGACGGGGAAGGAAUAUGCAAUUAAGAUCCUGGAAAAGCGCCAUAUAAUGAAGGAGAACAAAGCGCAAUAUGUCAAGAGAGAACGAGACAUCAUGUCACACCUGGAUCAUCCGUUCUUCGUCAAGCUCUACUUUACUUUUCAGGAUGAAGAGAAGCUAUAUUUUGGAUUGAGCUAUGCUAAAAAUGGCGAACUGCUCAAAUACAUUCGAAAAAUAGGCUCAUUUGAUGAGACCUGCACGCGUUUCUACUCAGCUGAGAUUGUUUGUGCUCUUGAGUACUUGCAUCAGAAGGGCAUCAUCCACAGAGAUCUGAAGCCAGAGAAUAUUCUGCUCAGUGAGGAGAUGCACAUUCAAAUAACAGACUUUGGCACAGCCAAACAACUGUCCUCUGACAGCAAACUGGCAAGAGCAAACUCAUUUGUUGGUACGGCUCAGUAUGUCUCUCCUGAAUUACUGACUGAGAAAUCUGCCUGCAAGAGUUCGGAUCUCUGGGCAUUAGGCUGCAUCAUCUACCAGCUUGUUGCUGGUUUGCCGCCCUUCAGAGCUGGGAAUGAGUAUCUAAUAUUUCAGAAGAUUAUAAAACUUGAGUACGAGUUUCCUGAGAAAUUUUUCCCCAAAGCUAAGGACCUUGUUGAACAACUUCUGUCACUGGAGCAGUGCAAGCGGAUUGGCUGUGAGGAGAUGGGCGGCUACGGACCGCUGAAGUCCCACCCUUUCUUUGAGACGGUUGGCUGGGAUGGUAUCCAUCUGCGAACUCCACCCAAACUAACGGCGUAUCUGCCUGCCAUGUCUGAGGAUGAUGAGGACUGCUAUGGAAACUAUGAUGAUCUCCUGAGCCAGUUCAGUUGUAUGCAGGUGGCACAGCCUGGCCAUGCCCCUUUAGUUCCCUUCACAGGAGAGACAAGUCAACCUACAUAUAACCCCUCCCCUAGUGUGGAUCAGUUUAUACAUAUUCAUGAGCUGGACAGUAAUAGCAUGGAGCUCGACCUACAAUACAGCGAAGAGGAGAAACGCAUCCUACUGGACAAGCAGAGUGCUGCAAACCCAUGGCACCAGUUUGUGGAGAAUAACCUCAUCUUAAAAAUGGGUCCAGUGGACAAACGCAAAGGUCUGUUUGCACGGCGGAGGCAGUUGCUACUGACUGAGGGUCCUCACUUGUACUAUGUGGAUCCGGUCAAUAAAGUUCUGAAAGGGGAGAUUCCUUGGUCACCUGAACUACGGCCUGAAGCGAAGAACUUUAAAACCUUCUUUGUUCACACGCCAAACCGGACGUACUAUCUAAUGGACCCAAGCGGCAACGCCGACAAAUGGUGCAAGAAAAUCCAGGAAGUUUGGAGGAAGUUCUACCACAAACACCAGAGCCCCAGCCUAUAGGACUACAGCGCUCCCCCUUUGGCCACACCUCCACAGCCCUCCAACCAAUCACAGAACAGGGACACGCCCCUGUAGAGACAUAUCUCUCCAGCUAUAUAUUGUCUUUCUGUCUCUUCAUAUAUCAGUCCAGUCACUCCCAGGUACUUUCUCUGUUCGGAUUCAGUUGCUUCGCGCACCGAGGGUGGAGUCUUUACAACCAAAAGCAGCAAGGCCGUAGUCAGCAUGUCGUGCAGGCAAGCCAUAGAAAACCACACGUUUAGACGUUUACGCAAGUCUUUCCAUCGAUUUCAAGCACAUGUUCUGUUCUUUUCUCGCUCGACGCUCACACAAGCUCGGCUCUUUACUUUUUCAGAUAUCUAAAUGGGAGUGUGUUGCUUUAGUCUGCGCUUAGAGUUAAGGCGGGUCCUUUUACCCUUAUU